CUGUUAAAAAUACUUCUAAGAGGUUUAGCAUUAAAUUCCAUCACGAAUCUGUUACGAUUAUUUGCUACAAUGGUGCAGAAAGGUCCUCGUCCCUUGGUUCUUUGUGGACCCUCCGGCUCAGGGAAAAGUACAUUGCUGAAGCGGCUUUUAAAUGAUUUUCCUGACAAGUUCGGAUUUAGUGUAUCUCAUACCACAAGAGGUCCUCGUCCUGGCGAAAAAGAUGGUGUUCAUUAUCACUUUACUAAUAAAAGUGAUAUGAUUGCUGCCGUUGAAAAAGGCGAAUUUAUAGAAACUGCAACAUUUAGCGGAAAUAUGUAUGGGACAAGCAAGAGAGCAGUAGAAGAUGUCCGAUGCACUGGCAAGACAUGCAUUUUGGACAUAGAAAUAGAGGGUGUGAAGCAGAUUAAGCAGACGGACUUAGACCCACUACUUGUGUUUGUGAUGCCACCAAAUAUUGAACAGCUCGAGAAACGUUUACGAGCUCGUAACACAGAACAAGAGGAUGCAUUAAAGAAAAGAUUGGAGACAGCCAGUCGUGAAAUUGUAUAUGGUCAAGAACCCGGUAAUUUCCACAUAAUCAUUGUCAAUGACAACUUGGACAAGGCAUAUUCUGAGUUACGUGAUUUUGUAUCUCAAAACUUACAAAGUAGUGAACCAGGUGUUUUGGAUUACUGA